CGAGUCCUUCUUCCUCUCGUCUGAGUCCAAGCGCAUCUCGGAGCCCCUCGACAUCCCCCUCCCGCUCUCCCUGAGUCGGCGCCCAGCUGUAGGGUGUGCCGGCAGCGUGGUCGGGAGGCUGGCAACACACGUGGGUGGCCGAGACGUCUAGAAGCGAUGCAAGGGCGAGUGGGACCGAAGGGAAUCCGGGUUUGUCUAGGGAUGCGACGAAGUCAUACGGAAGCGUCUCCUCAUUGAUGGAGAUGGUGCUGGAGAUGAUCGGAGAAUUAAUCUGCUAGUGAAGAGUUUCAUUAAAUGGUGCAACUCUGGGUCCCAGGAAGAAGGAUAUAGCCAGUACCAGCGUAUGCUGAGCACACUGUCUCAAUGUGAAUUUUCAAUGGGCAAAACUUUACUAGUAUAUGAUAUGAAUCUCAGAGAAAUGGAAAAUUAUGAAAAAAUUUACAAGGAAAUAGAAUGUAGCAUUGCUGGAGCACAUGAAAAAAUUGCUGAGUGCAAAAAGCAAAUUCUUCAAGCAAAACGAAUACGAAAAAAUCGCCAAGAAUAUGAUGCUUUGGCAAAAGUGAUCCAGCAUCAUCCAGACAGGCAUGAGACAUUAAAGGAACUAGAAGCUCUGGGAAAAGAAUUAGAGCAUCUUUCACAUAUUAAAGAAAGUGUCGAAGAUAAGCUGGAAUUGAGACGGAAACAGUUUCAUGUUCUUCUUAGUACCAUCCAUGAACUUCAGCAAACAUUGGAAAAUGAUGAAAAACUCUCAGAGGUAGAAGAAGCUCAGGACGCAAGCAUGGAAACAGAUCCUAAGCCAUAGAUAGGCUAAUUGCCCACCAUUCCCAGGAAUAUUGAAAUAGCUGCAUGAACAUAAUGUGUUUAAAAUGUGGUGUGCUCUUGAGAUAUUUAAAGUUUUGGCAGUACCAUAUGCUGUUUUGAAAUAUGAAUGUACAUUUCAUUCAUAUUUCCUUACACAAAGGAAAAUGACUUUAGUAUAGAUUUUUUUAUUAAAAGGCAUUUUUUAUUCUUAAAAGGUAGGAAGCAACAUCGAAAUAUGCUUAAUAAAAUGCUUUUAAGCUGGAUAUGUUUGUGCUCGUUAAUAUUCUAGGUAGUUUUUAACUGGUUACAUUGAUUGGUUUACAAAAUAAGUUGAAGAUUGUUAGAAGUUGGCAUUUCUAGGAUGUACAUGGGAAAAUGGGCCAAUUUCUAGAAAUAAUCACACUUCUGAAAACAGAGUCUAUGAAGAGGCUUUAGGAGGGCCAUGAACCUGUGAAAUUACAUGCAAAAUGUUUGUGGCAUAUGCUUAUUAUGGGGAAAGGUUUCAUGCUGUUAAAAGUCACUGGCAUGAGAGGUAAUUAUAAGAUGCAAAGUAAAAUAAUAUGCCUUGCUUUCUAUA